UUGCUUAGAAUUGGCCAUUUUAUAAAAGUUAACUUAAAGGUGAACCACCCCUUUAACAGAGGGCAUUCCAGCAGGUUAGUAGAUCAGGAGGCAGUGAGAGAGGGAAGGGUUAAUAGAGGAAAAUAUAUAUAUAUAUGUAUAUAUUAACAGAGCAGAAGCGUGCAGCAGGGGAAGGGUUAACACUAUCAGUUUGUUUAUGCAGGACCAGUAGCCAAUCAGCGCGCUUUCUCCGAGGGCUGGGCUAUACGCCGCUUUCUAUUGGCUAAGAGUAACGACGCCUCCGCCAAUAAGAAGUAGUCAGAGCAAGAGCUGAAUCAGAUGUCCCGGGUACAGUAGGAGCAGCGGGAGAGACACAUAAUGACAGUCAGGAGCGGCGGCAGGACUGAAUCUCUGGCUCUUCCAAUGCCCAGAACUUGUGUGCCCAGGAGGUGGGUGUGGGAUGCCAAUUGCCUGACCCCUGGUACUGAGCUUUCUCCUUGCCACAGAGGGGUCUACUUCCACACGGACCCCGUACUGGAGAGUCACGGCACGGCCGGCAUGCGAGGGACUACAGGUUUCCUACAGGGGGAGCACUACUGGGAGAUUGAGUUCCUGGAACCCCCCUCGGGACUCUCCGUCAUGGUCGGCAUUGGAACUGGCAGAGCCGCACUGCAUGCUGGGGAUUUUCAGUUUGUUGAUUUGCUGGGAAUGAAUAAAGAGAGCUGGGGUCUGUCCUAUAAAGGCACCGCAUGGCACGGAGGAAGCAGCCGCCGAUAUACAGAGCCGUUCUAUGAGAAAGGGACAGUUAUCGGGGUGCACUUGAACAUCGAUGAAGGAACGCUGAUCUUCUAUAGGAACAGGCAGAGUCUGGGCUUGGCAUUCACAGGACUGCAGAAGGUGCAAUCCCCAUUAUAUCCAAUGGUCUCCUCCACUGCUCCAUGCACAGAGUUGGCCGUCGGACUGCAAUACUCCACCCUGCCCUCCCUGCAGGAGCGAUGCCUCAGCACCCUGGCCCACAGCUUGCCACAAACAGACAUGGUGGACUGUCUCCCACUUCCCGCCACUAUCAGGUGGAUUCUGAAAAGCUGGAAAGAUCAAAUAGGUCUGAGCCUCCAGAGACCCGAGAUGUAACCGUUAAAACUGGCACAACCCAGGGCACGAACUGCUGUUAGGGUUGCCACCUGGCUGGUAUGUUACUGGCCUGGCAGGUAAAAAUGAUGGUUGAUCCCAAUGUUAUUAAUACAGAAAAAAGAUAAAUAUAUAGGAAGGCCGGUAUUUUUUUCUGGAAAAGGUGGCAACCCUGACUACUGUGUAGGAGGCCUAAAUUGUUUGGUUAUGGCUUAAUCAGGAAGUGGUGAAGUAUAAACAGGAAGUGGUGCAGUAUCAACAGGAAGUGGUACAGUAUAAACAGGAAGUGCUGCAGUAUAAACAGGAAGUGUUGCAGUAUAAACAGGUAGUACCCCAUUGAUCAGAGGACGGUCUUCGGCUCCUCUUCCAGUGCAGCACAAAUCUAAAGUAAUAUUAGUUCCUCUUCCCUUAACUGCUGAUGAUGCAACCAGUCGGGCUAUGUACUGUAUUCAAACGGGAGGCAAGUCUAUAAAUGACAAGGCUGUGGGAUCAGAAAUGGAGGACAGGGGCAGUAACAAGGGUGGCAGGUAGGGUUGCCACCUUUUCCAGAAAGAAAUACCGGCCUUCCUAUAUAUUUAUCUUUUUUCCCUAUUAAUAACAUUGGGAUCAACCAUCAUUUUUACCGGCCAGGCCAGUAAAAUACCGGCCAGGUGGCAGCCCUAGUGGCAGGGCCAGUAACAAGGGUGACAGGUUCAGUAACCAGGGUUGCCACCGGUAUUUUACCAGCCUGGCAGGAAAAAAAUGAUGGCUGAUCCCAAUGUUAUUAAUAGGGAAAAAAGAUAAAUAUAUAGGAAAGCCGGUAUUUUUUCCGGAAAAGGUGGAAACCCUACCAGUAACAAGGGUGGCAGGGACAGUAACAAGGGUGGCAGGGCCAGUAACAGGGAGGCAGGGCCAGUAACAAGGGAGGCAGGGCCAGUAACAAGGGAGGCAGGGCCAGUAACAAGGGAGGCAGGGCCAGUAACAAGGGAGGCAGGGCCAGUAAGAAGGGUGCCAGGGCCAGUAACAGGGAGGCAGGGCUAGCAACAAGGGUGGCAGGGCCAGCACCAAGGGUGACAGGGCCAGUAACAAGGGUGGCAGGGCCAGUACCAAGGGUGGCAGGGCCAGCACCAAGGGUGGCAGGGCCAGUAACAAGGGUGGCAGGGCCAGUAGCAGGGAAGCAGGGCCAGUAACAAGGGUGGCAGGGCCAGCACCAUGGGUGGCAGGGCCAGUAACAAGGGUGACAGGGCCAGUUCCUCUUCCCUUAACUACUGAUGAUACAUCCAGUCAGGUUAUGUUCUGUAUUCAAACGGGUUUAUAACUGACGAGGCCGUGGGAUCAGAAAUGAAGGACAGUUCUGCAGAAAGUAUCAAACAAACACUGAAUUAACUCAACCCGUGUCAGGAGAGAAGUGUUUUAUAUCAGAUAAAGCCCACUGAACUCUCCAUGCAACGGUUAAUGGUAUAUCCGGGGGAAGUGUCUUGUGUAACAUUUAAACAGACCUCUGUGAUGAUGUUUCUGCCAAGAGGGAGAGUGAGCUCUUCAGACAACACUCUAUGUGGCUCUGUGGUAACCCAGGGCUUAGAGAAGUCUGGAAUCCUGUGGAUAUGAAGGAAUAACGCUGUUGCUGCAGCAGUGACUAUUGGAAUAUUCCAGUUCCAGCCCAACCUUAGAAGUCCAACAUUUGGUCAGGGCCCCCUUAGCUCACCCCAAAAUGUCACCCUAAAAUGAACUACAAACUGCUGUGCUUUGAUAUAGGCCUAGUGCCCCUAAUUAUUCUUAUUAUUUAAAAAUAGGGACUACUACCCAUUUAAAUGUAUAUUAGAUCAGAUUCUUUACUGUGGAUGAUUUUUAUUAUUUUUUAAUUUAUAAAUCAGACUUAUUUUACACCUGACCAUUUUGAUACAAAAUAAAUAUUGUUUCUUAUCAGCUCAUCUGUUCUUGUUCUUACCCAACCCAGACUUCCAUAUACACGUAU